GACGUGAAUUUAAAAAACAAAAACAACCAAACGGCACUUCAUUUGGCUACCAUGUGGAAGGAUAUGCCAAUUGAUUUGUUCACAGUAAUCCUAGAAAAGUCAGUCGAUGUUCACGCACAAGAAAAAAAUGGGAACACUGCUCUUCAUCUUGCUAUUAUGUACAAGUCUACAAUUGCGAUAACUGAAUUGCUGAAACACAGGGAUUUGGACGUGAACCUCAAAAAUAACGACAACCAAACGGCACUCCAUUUCUCUUGUUUGUGGGAGGACAUGCCAAUUGAUUUAUUCAAAAUAAUUCUAGAAAAAUCAGCCAAUAUCAACGCACAAGAUGAAUAUGGUUGCACUGCUCUUCAUUGGGCAAUUCUUUGCGAGUUUAAAACUGCGGUGGAGGAACUGCUCAAACACAAGGACGCGGACGUCAAUCUAAAAAAUAACGACAACCAAACAGCAUGUCAUUUCACUACUUUGUGGAAGAAUAUUCCGAUCGAUUUGUUCAGAAUAAUUCUAGAAAAAUCAACCGCCGUUAUCGCACAAAAUGAAAAGGAAUUAACUAUUCUUCGCGCUGCAAUUGUGAACAGGUCUAAAACUGUGGUGGAAGAACUGCUCAAACGAGGUGAGUUAGACGUCAAAGUCAAAUACAAAGACAACCAAACAGUACUCCAUUUAGCUACUUUAUGGGAGAACAUGCCAAUAGAUUUGUUCAGAAUAAUUUUAGAAAAAUCAACCGAUGUUAACGUACAAAAUGAAGAUGGAGAAACUGCUCUUCACUGCGCUUGUCGCUACAUGUUCAAAACUGCGAUAACUGAACUACUCAAGCGCAAGGAUGUGGACGUGAACAUGAAAAAUAACGACAACCGCACGUCACUACAUUUCGCUACAAAAUGGAAGAAUAUGCCAAUGGAUUUGUUUAAAAAUAUUUUAGAAAAAACAACAGAUGUUAACGCCCAAGACAAACACGGAUGGACUGCUCUUCACUGGGCAAUUGCAAUGGAAAACAGAACUGCGGUGGAGGAACUGCUCAAACGCAAGGACGUGGACGUGAACCUAAAAAACAAAAACAACCAAACAGCACGCUUUUUUUCCACUUUUUGGGAGGAUAUGCCAAUUGAUUUGUUAAGUAUCAUUCUAGAUAAAUAAGCCGAUGUCUGUUAAAGAUUUACUUGUACUGAACCACGAAUCGAAGCUGAAUAACCAAACCUUGUAGUAUUAGAAUAUUAAACGAGCUCGAUUUCAACUUGUACCACCGAUUUAUGUGUUGGAAUUACAUUUUGUUAGAAAUUUAAUUUGAAUGACCCACUUUAAAUAAUGUGAAAUCAGGUAAAAUUGUGUGUACCUGAAUCUUAUCCACAGAGACGGUGAGGGUUGUAUUCGUCAACUCUUCAGAUUUCCGACAACACAUGUCGGUUUCGUAUGGCUGGUGAUCAAACAGGUCCCACGGUCAAUGGAGGCAUCCU